GAAUCCUUGAAUGUUGAAUCACGUGAGAAUCCACAUGGUUUUUUGGAUUUCUAAAAAUAUUCAUGUUUUGUGAUUGAAUUUUUCAUUCCGAUCCACAACAUAGAUAAAAUGAAUCCAAAGAAAAUUUCUCAUCAAUAUCAAUCCAAAUGGAAAAAAUCAAAUCAUCAAACCAAUAAUGAUGAUGGCAAUAAUCGAAAACAAACAUUGUUAAUACCGGCAGGAACUAAAUGGUAUCGACAAAAAGUUAUCGAUAAUAUUCCAACAAAUUCAGAUCAAUCAUUACGAUUAAGUCAUGAUCAUGUGACUGAAUUACGUGCUGAAGCAAUAAAAUUAUUGAAAUCUGAUUAUUAUGUUUAUGAUCAACAAAAACAAUAUGGAUCAAAAGCACAAGAUUUUGAAUGGAUAAAAACUGUAUUAUCUAAUGGUACAGUACAGGAUAAAUUAGCAGCCAAUACUAUUUUGAUACAGGAUUCAUCUGUACAUAAUCUUCGUUCAUUAGAACAAUUAAUACGUUUUGUUAAUGGAAAAGGAAAACGUGAAUGUAUAAUGGCUAUCGAUACUAUACGUGAUCUAUUUAUUGGUGAUCUAUUAAUUCCUCGUGAAAAAUUACAAUCAUUUGAAGAACAAAUCAAUUCAGUUGAUCAUGAUUUUCUUCUGAAUACAGAUUCAUUCAAUAUUUAUCGACGAAAAUUUCUUCUUAUUACACAUGUUGAAGAUCAAAUACGUUCAUUGUAUCGUCGAUUUAUUGAACAAUUAGUUCAAUGUUCACAUGAUACAUUGGAUACAUUGAAAAUGAAAUCUAUUCGAACGUUAUAUGAUUUAUUCAUUAAUAAUCCGGAACAGGAAAAAUUAUUAUUAGAAAGUUUAAUCAAUAAAUUAGGUGAUCCAGCACCACGUGUAGCAUCAACAACUGCACGAUUAUUAGCACAAAUUCUUCAACAUCAUAGCCAAAUGAAAAUGAUUAUUGUAAAAGAAGUGGAACGUUUAUUAUUUCGUCCAAAUAUUACGGCUCGUACGGAAUAUUAUUGUCUUUGUUUUUUAAGCGAAAUAAUCUAUCAGGCGAAUGUUGAUCGUGAAUUGGCUAAUCAUGUUAUACAAAUUUAUUUUACCAUUUUUACUAAAUGUACAAAAUUAGGUGAAGUGAAUAGUAAAAUAAUGUCGGUAUUAUUAACUGGUGUAUCACGUGCAUUUCCAUAUUCAAAACUUGAAUCAGAUUUGAUUGAAAAACAUUUGAAUACAUUCUAUAAACUUAUACAUUAUGUUAAUCGUAAUACAGCCAUACAGACAUUAUCAUUAAUGUUUCAAAUGAUUUUAUUCAGUGAAAAUGGUUCAUUAACCGAUCGUUUUUAUUCAUCAUUAUAUCGUUUUCUAUUGGAUACAACAUUAGAUCAAUGUAAUAAAUUGAAUUUGUUAUUAAACAUUUUAUAUCGAUCAAUGAAACACGAUCCAAUUAUACGUCGUGUACGAGCAUUCAUUAAACGAUUAUUACAGCUUUGUUUACAUUCAUCGACAUCAUUCGUAAUAGCCAUUCUGAUUCUUAUUGGUGCAUUAAUGAAAACAAAAGAUGGCUUCAAAAUUGACAUCAUUCCGAUUCAAAUGGAUACGAAAAUUGAUGAAAAUUUCAAUGACGAUGAUGAUGAUGAUAAAGAUCGAAAAAAAUCGAAUGGCCAAAUCAAAUCCUGGGUCUAUGUUGAUUUAAAGAAAAACAAUGAAAAUCAAAACGAUAAUGAAGAUGAUGGCAAAUAUAGAUUCGAUUGUCGUAAUCCAUUAUAUGCAAAUGCCGAUCAAGAACCUUGUUGGGAAUUAUUUGCUUUACGUAAUCAUUUUCAUCCAACUGUACAAAUGUUUGUACAGAAAAUAAUCAAUAAUGAAUCAUUUGAAUAUGAUGGUGAUCCAUUGGAAGAUUUUAGUCUCAAACAUUUUCUCGAUCGUUUUUCAUUUAAAAAUCCUAAACGUAUCGAAAAUAAUGAUCAAGAUGGUCAAACGAAAAAUCUUGGCAAGAUUUUCAGCCGAAUACCAAAGACAACAACAUCAACAUCAACAAUGAAUAUAAAUUCCAAAGAUUAUAUUAAUCAAAAUGAAGAACAAAUACCGAUUGAUGAACGUUUCAUCUAUAAAUUUUUACAGCAAAGAAAAUCAAAUAAAAUGGAAAAAUCGAAAAAUGGUGAUGAUAAUGAUGAUGAUGAAAGUGAUAUUGAAUCGGUUACCAGCCUAGAAUUUAACGAUUUACUUGAUAAUUAUGAACAAUAUGUUGGUGAUGAUAGUAUAGAUUUUGCUAAAGAUUUACAAACAUCAACAAAAAAGAAAUCGACGAAGAAACAAACUAAAUCUAAUGAUGGUGAUGAUGACGAAGCAGAUUUUGAUGAAGAAUUUGAUGAUGAAGAUUUCGAUAUGGAAGAUUUUGAAGAUGAUGAUGAUGAUGAUGGAUCCAUUCAUAGCAAUUCAAAUGAUGAUGAAGAAUUUCCUACCAACGAUGAAGAUGAAGAUGAACAAAACUUUGAACCCGAAAUUAUACGUAAAGCAAUGGGAAAAAAUCGUGCACGUAAUGCUGCACCAUUCAAAGGUAAACAUGGUUUUUCAUCCAUUACAAACGACAUAUUUGCAUCGGCCGAACAAUUUGAUCAUUUACUUGAUCAAAAUGAUGCAGAUUCUGAUUAUGAAAUGAACAUGGCUGAUGAUGAUAAUAAUGAUGUUCCGAAACAUUCGAAAUCGAAAAAACCAGCUAUGAAACGUAAAAGAAAGCCUUCAAAUCUUGGACGUUCUCGAAAACAAAAAUCAAUUAAAAAAUAAUACAUGAUUUAUCAAUGAAUAAAAAUGAUUUUAUUUUCA